AUGGAGACCGCCGCGGCGACAUCCUACCCGGUGGCGCGGGACGCGCCGCCGCGGCCGGCGCCGCAGACGGCGCAGCUGGGCCAGGGCCCGGCGCGGCCGGGGUGGGGCCACUGGGCGAUCCUGGCGCUCGCCUUCCUCCUCCUCUCCGGCAGCUUCGCGUGGGGCGUCUACCAGUCGCGCCACAGGCCGCGCAACCUCGCCUUCGUCCUCGUCACCUACUACCUCAUCGCGCUCCUCUACUGCUGCCUCGCCAAGCUCGACCUCCUGCGCCGCGACGACCCGGCGCCGGCGGUCGCGGCGGAGCGGUGGCGGGUCAGGAUGGCCGUCUGGUGCGUCUCCGUCGCGCUCGCCAACACCGUCGCCGCCCGCGUCGCCGACGCCAUGCCCAGCGCGGGAUUCAAGAUCGCCGUCUGGGUCUUCACCACCGUCUGCAUAGCCGUCGGGUUCUACUUCUUCUUCGUCCGUGCGGGCGCCGGCCGCCGGACGCAGACGGACGGCAGGGAUCUCCGGGAGGUGUCCCCGGAGCAGAGGGUCUGAACUGUACCUGGAA